AUGACGAAUGAUGUGGUUGUUGGAGCAGUUGAGAUGAGGUUGACUAUGGUUGCAAUGGGUCUUGGAGUCUUCAGCUGCAUCACUAUCUACCCCAUGUGUAUUGUAGCAGGAAUUUGGCAGAUGCUGGCGGCUUUCAUCGUGAUCUCAGCCGAGGCUCCUUGCUGCUGCAUGUUUGUGGACUUUGUGCAGCAGUACUCCAUGUGGGUGGAGGGGCGCGCACAUUGGCAGAAGGCUGUCUUUUACAUAAUUAUUGCCCUGCCAGCAGUCAUCUUGUGCCAAGGGGUGUCAAUCAUAUUCGGCUCUGGCCUCAUCUUCCUCUGUGGGGUCCUGUAUGGCCUGAUGGCUCUCGGGAAAAAAGGUUCCAGGGAGGAUAUGAUGGCAGCAGCACAGAGUACAAGGCCAGGCAACAUGAAGGACAUCUUAGUGGAUUCUGAGGCUCCUCCCUCAAGCGCUUAAGAAAUACAUACCCUGUCUCACACACACAAACCCCUUCCGUGCCAUGUGGGAGUAUUGACAAAUGCAAACAGUCAUGGUUGUUAUAAGUGAGCUGCCUGGGUUUCAUGUUCUAAGGAAGGUGAUUCUUGUCAUCGUGAUUAUUUGUAUCUCAUUAUUUUUUUUCUUUCUUUCUUUUUCUUUUUCUGAAAGGGAUUUGGAACAUGGAUUUAUAUCUCAAUUUAAGCAGAAAAUUGGAAAGUAGUGUCAUGUCCCAUACUUUAACCCAAUGCCGACGGGUAUAACGUGUACGUACGUGCUAUGCCCACUGCGAGUUACUUGUUUGUUUGUUUUUAGACAUUGAUGGCAACAAUAAAUCACCAAUGAGCCAGUCACGAAUACUGCCUGUCUCACCCGUUUACCCUUUUCUUUGAUUUAUGAAAUAUUUUACGUUAUCUUAUUUCGCUGUUACUAAUGUUAAAAAACAUUAUAAUAAUUAUAAUGUUUAUAGCACUAGUGAAAAAUACAUUUUUCCCACUAUUUCAAAUCAGGCUUUAGCAGAGCCAUCUAUGGGCAUGUUGCAAAAAUAUAGAAAAUAGGCACAGUAUUUUCCCCAUUUUUUGUUCAUUUUCCCCAGCGGAAUUGGGUUAAAAGAUACUGCAUGAGCUGUAUGAGAUUGACGAACUUGGCAUGGAGCUGUGAACAGUGCCAUUGUUCAUAUUAAUUGGGCUGUUUACAUGAAAAUUGUACUUAGGUUUUGUGUACUCUGAAAGCAGUAUUCAACUCUCAAAGAAUUAGGUGUUUUGACUAUUUUUUUCCUCUGCCUGUUUAAAUGGAAUGGUUAAUAUGUAUAAGCCUUUUUCUUAUUGAAUUGUGAAUUACUGUAUCAUUAAAAGAGUGUUGUGAAGUUUUUUCAACUGUCCUCUUUUAUGAGCACAGUUGAUUGAUUCUCUUGCCCCUUUUUAAAUGUUAUCCAGUGAAUGUCCCAUACCUCAGGCAGCUGCAAGGAUGACGAUAAUGAUGAAGACAGUGUUUGAUUACUGACACAGAGCACAUUUUUGAAUUUGUAGAAGCUUUAACUAAACUGUUUAAACUUGGUAUAGAAGGAGACUAUUUGGUAAUUUUUAAAUAUAUGAUGUAUUUUGUAAGGCUGCGAUGGGAUGCUUGUAAGAAUGCCAUCAGGAUCACAUGAAGUUCCUGGUCUUCUUUUUUUUCUUAUGUUAUUCUUAUUUUUUGUUCUUCCAUUAAUACUAGAGUAAGAAGAAAAUGCUUACUUCUUUGGCAAUCUGAAUGUGCAAUUGUUAAGCUUUGCUUUUAUGUUUAUAAUAUGUAAGGAAUCCAAAGCAAGAGGUAUAGAAACAGUAGUUGAUUGCAAACAUUGUAUGUAACUCUUAAGCACAUAAUUAGUUGCUUUAUUUCAUCUAGAAAGUCCUCAUGUUUAUUUUUCUUGGUUGAUAAAUAAAUCAAGUAUGACCAUUGAAAAGAGUAGUCUGCCUUUCAGUUUUCUGUUGGUAAUCUGAUUAUGAAAAAGGGCUAUCCAUUUGUGGUACAAUACCCUACAUUUACACUGGUAUCCUUUUGGUUUAGAAAUAGCUUGUUAUGAUUCUCAAGUACUUUUAAAAUGGUUAUUGUUAAGAAGUGGUUGCCUGAAAGUUACAUUUGGUCCGAAAGUGAGCAUUUUCACUUAACUUUACAUUCCAAAGCUAGAAAUGCCUAUAAUGAAAAGUUUAAGGAAUAUUUGAAAGUUUAUAUCUAUAUCUAUAUCUGUCUAUCUUAUCUAUCUCCAUAUGCCUUAAACCAAUGUGAACCUUGAAAGAAUAGGUAGAAGCUUAUGAUUGUCCAGUUUCAUUUCAUGUGGGUUAAUUUACGGCCAUGAAAAAAAAAAAAUUUGGUCAACAGGGUGAGUGCUGUGUUCAGAAUACAAAUAUUUUAGUAUGUCUGAGAAGCUUAAAGGUUUCUGUAAAUACAAUCCAUUAGCAUCAAUAUGUAAAAGUUUUGAAACUAAAGCUUCUAUCACACAUUUGAUAAACACAAUUGAGGUAAAUAAAAGCUAAAUAUUUUGUAUUUAUACUGCGAGUGUUGAUUAAAGUUUAUGCAUGUAUUUGACUUAAAAAAUGAAGAUGAAGGAAUUCUGAUGCCAAAGCACUUUAAGAUUAAGGACUGGAACAUAAGGCAUAAGGAACAUUGUGAGACAGAGAAUUUUAUGAAGAUUGUAAAUCACAUAUGCAUUGAUUAUUGGUCAUACCACCUUUGCAGUUUUUGCAUUCGUUAGCAGAUUAUAUUUUCUUAUAUAUAUUUUUUUUCUCUAUUCCAUUACUCUUCCAACUUCAGUAUCAAGCAGUGAUUAUAACAAUUAAUUAAGCAAGUUUCCUUUAGGCUGUAAUUCAUACAUAUCGUAAACUUGUAACCUUUAGUUUGAAAAGAAAAGUAUUAUAUGGUAUAUAUUACCAAGUAACACAGGAUCACUGCCGCUUUUGAAUUACAUGUGUCAGGUUGUCUAAGUGGGUGUGGCAUAUGAAUGUCAUAAAUGUAAAAUUUGAAAAUAGGUAAGAAAUUUAGACAUUACCAUUUAAAAAUUAUUGUGUAUUCAUAUUAGAAAGAAAAGAGAAACCAUGAUGAUUUAAAUUGCUUAAGCAGUCCCUUCUUAUUUAGUAAACAAAAUCAUUCCAUUUCCAAAUCUCCUUUCAUUAAUUGUAUAUUCUCAAGUGGCACAGAUGUCGCCAUGCAUUUCUAAGUCAGCCAUGCUGGUAUGAUGUUUUUGGUCCCUGUUUUGAAAGCGGUCUCUGAGUGGUCCUUAGUAUAGGCUUAGAACUCAGGCCACUUGCUUUUCUUCUUCAUUCAUUUGUUACCAACUGAUUUCACAGUCCUUUGCACAUUCAGUUUUUACCCUACCCAAUUGUUAAUUCUAAUCUGUUCAAUGCCUUUUUAUAAUUUUCAUGAAAUGGUUACCGAUUGUGUAUACCUGGGCUUUUAGGAAGGGUCCAUCCAUAUAUAAUCUGUGGAAAUGUUGAUUGUAUGAUGUGCUUUUGUAGGCGUUUUAUCUGAUAUUGUAAAGAUAAUGUACAUUUGUGAGAGCCUAGAAUUGGUGUAAAUAAGUUGUUAGUUAUUGGGUACGUACGACAAUUUAGUUCAGGACUCAUAGGGUUGCACCAAAUUUGUACUUUUGGAAGUAAAUGGUACUCUUGUUGUGAAUAAAUUCAAUUGUGGUCUUUAGAAUGUCUGAAUGGAAUGACUUCUCCAUUACCUAUCUCCUGAAUAAAUUUGUCAGUGUAAUUUGUUAAGAAACAUCUGUGUACAUGUGAUUUGUGUUCUUUUGCUGGAUAAUCUUAUGUUUGUCUUAUAUUAUAUACUUGAAUUUGCAUGUGAUUUUAAUUUGUAUGAAAUGAGUAUUCAGGAUUUUUCAUAAAUCGGUAAAUAUUUUUUCUACCCUUUUCCUCUUUGGUAAAUUUAUUUAUAUGUUCUCUUCUUUGUUGAGUUGAUUUCUCAGUAAAGUAACUUUAUUUUUUGUUUAAUAAUGUGUUCAGAAUCAAAAGUUAACUGUAGUCAUGAAGAGAUCUCAAGGUGGUCUUCUGAGAAUCUCAGUUUUGGCUGGACUGCCUUCACUCCAGUCUGGAUCCACCGCCUGAGACUCGAGAUCUUGCAAUGCCUCUUUGUGGUAUUGUUCGUUACUGUUUGUCCUCCAGAGUGUGUGUAUUUAUGUGAAGUCAUCUAGUGGUACCCAAUAAACAAGGAGAAAUUUA